GUGAAUGGAAAAUUCAUGUAUCAUCGUCUUACUGACGAACUACUUGUACGUCAAACUAAGAAUUCCAUUUUCUUGUCGAUAGACGAUCGUCAACAACAAAAUCGUCCGGUAUCCGAACGUAAACAACAUCAAAAGAAGAAAGCAAAACGUUCACAUAUUCUAAAUAAUAAAGUUGUUUUGAUAAAUUCCGAUAAAACACCACCAAGUAUUGUUUCAUCGAUUAAUAUCGAUAUGCCUAUGGAUGAUGAUGAUUUAAAUCAAUAUAAACAUGUCUAUAAUGUUUUUAUCAGCUUAGAUAUGCAUUUAUAUAAUAAACAAACAUAUCGUGGUGAUUUAGAAAUGCUUGGUUAUAAUUUAAUUGUAUGGAUAGGAGGUUGUUUACCAUGGAAUAAAAAAUUGAAAUCAAAAUUGACUCAGUCAACAAUAACAAAUGAAAAACGUUUGGCUAAGUCAAAUAUUAAUGAAUUUGUUAAAAAAUGUUUUUAUAUGAAAUUAGUAAAUCCGGUUGUUUUGCGAGCAAUAUGUGAUUAUAUGACGAUGAUUUAUCAAUUAAAUAUUGAUGAUUUGCCAAAUUAUGAUCAAUUACGUGCACCAGUUCGAGAAAUAAUUAAAGCGCUCGGUUUUAAAGCAAAUGCUUGUUUGCGCUUAUCAAAUUCGAAAGCUAAAUCGAACACCGCUAAUAACACUACAACAGGUCAAUCAGGUAAUUCAAAUAUAAAAAAUGUUCGAGAACUAAAACCUUCACAUUCUAUCGAAGAAGAACAGGAAGAUGUCGAUGAUGAUACAAGUGAAAAUGAUGAAGACAAUGUAGAGAACGAUGAUGAUGAUGAUGACGAUGAUGAUGAUAAUGAUGAUGAGAAUAGUUGUGAUGAAACUGAAAAAGAACAACAACAAAAGGAUGAACAACAACAUAACAAUGAUGAUAUUGAGUUGUCUACAAAAUGUAAACGUUGUGGUGGUGAUCAUAGUACACCGUCUGAUCAACAAUCGAGCAGUAGUGGUGAAAAACAAGGCUCAUUAUUAACAUAUCAACAAAAACGUCAGCGAUCGAUUGCUAAACGAUUGCAAUUACGACGAAAAAAGAAAUAA